AUGUUGCCUCACCUUUGUAAUGAACAUCCUUAUACAUCGUUGGACAUGCUUUUCCGUUGGGCUGUUUACUACGAAAGUCGAUGUUUGUUCUCACAGGUCGAUGUAAAAGCGGUUGAGGUGGUCGGAAAUUAUUUCCGAGUGGUGCCUUUGGAUGGUCGGGACCGCCCUGCAUUAACCGUCGCAGUGCAUCAAAUAUUAAAUCAAGUUCAUAGAAGAAUUCAUCAACCACAUCACAGUCGCGAAAGUGGAAUUUAUGUGAAACCGCAUAAUAACGUCACCACUAUCACCACAAAAUCGAGUACAGACAUGAGAUUAACAUCACCCAUUGACAUUUGCCAUUCGUUUGAGAAGAAGGAUUUGGCCUCGAGGUACGAGUGCAAGAACUUGUACCAGAGGUUCUGGGUUCGAAUGCCGAGAAACGGGGACGAUGGAGAAUCACGGGACAAGGUAAGCCAGCUCACCAAAGCAAGCCGAAAAAGCAAGCUGAAAUAUCCUGAAGGCCUCGGCAAGCCGAGAAAACGAGCCAACAAAUAUCCAGGAUCACAAGCUAAGCAAGCAAGCUAA